AUGGCCACCAUGGCCGCCCUCCCCCGCCUCAUGCGGUCGGUGCACACCAGCGCCGUCCGUCUCGACGCCGCCGCCGCCGCCCUCGCCAUCCCCACGACCCUCACCGCCGCGCAGGCCGCCAACGCCGCCGGUCUCCCCGUCACCCGUGCCAUGGCCGCGGCCGCCUCGCCGGCCCCAGUGACCUUCACCCCCAAGGGCCGUCCCGUCAUCGUGCGCCCACCGCGCACCACGCGCGUCAACCUGCCCUCGGGCUUCCCCGAGCCGCUGGCGUACCCGCCCUCGAAGGAGUACUUGGACGAGGUCCGCAGGAUCAUGGACGACCUGCCCCCCGAGCAGGCGCACCCCCCGAGGCACCCCCUCUGGUCCUUCUUCCACGUCCCGGCCAGGAGCGCCGCGCCCCUCCGUGAAGGCGACACGAUGCAGGACAUGGGAAGCGUGGAGCGUUUGGGCGACGAGGGAACCUCAAAGUCGGGUCGCUCGUGGCGUGCCUCCGAGCUGCGUCGAAAGUCGUUUGAGGACCUGCACACCUUGUGGUAUGUGCUCCUCCGUGAGCGCAACGUUAUGGCGACGCAGAAGGACGAGCGCCGCAGGCUCCAGAUCAUCUCGAGCUACGGUGGUCCCGUGAUCGCGAAGCGUGCUAUGCGUUGCCGCAAAUCCAUGGCCCGCAUCAAGGCCACGAUCAACGAACGCCGCCUGGCCAUCGCCGCCGCCGCCGCGCCCACCAAGGCGCCGUACGUGCACGUUCCCGGCCCCGUCCCGGGCUACCUCGACGAGUCGGCGUACAUUGACACGUCGAUUGUGGGCGUCGACGUCGCGCCGCUGCUGAAGCAGCUGGCCAACCUCCCCAAGGCCCGGGGCCGCACGGCGUCCACGAAGCCCAACACGGCCCGGUCGGAGCGCGACGAGGCGAGGAGGAGGCGCACCGCCAAGAUUGUGGCCCACCACCGCGCCAUGGUCGAGAAGCGCGCGGCCUACCGCGCCGCCAACCCCGAAAAGGUCGCGGCCCAGCGCGCUGAGCGCCGCGACGCCCGCCAGGCUGUCAAGCUCUCGUUGCUGUCGCCCGAGGACAUUAAGCGCAAAGAGGCGCGCAGGGCCGUCAUUGGACAGGCCAUGAAGGAGGCCCACGCCGUCCAAAAGAAGGUCCAGGACGCGGCCGCCGUCAAGGCUGCCCAGAGCGCUGCGCAGGCCAAGGCGGCCUGGAAGGCCAAGGACGCAAAGAGGAAGGCGCAGAGGGACGCCCACAGGGCCCAGAAGUUUGGGCAGAGCAAGCCUGUCGAGGCUUAG